AUGGACAAGAAGGAAAAGAAAGAGAAGAAGCACUCGGUCCAUCAUCGCCCACACCGGCACCAUCAUGCGCGCGACACGAUCCAGUCGGCAGUCCAGUUACAGCAUCCAUUCUCCUUCGACAACUACAACCCUCUGCGACGAGCCCAGCAGCAUCACCACCACCACAAGUCGCGCCGUGAUCCCUCGCCAGAAAAGGCACAGCCCGAAGAAGAACAAGAACAAGAGCCACCAAAACCACAGUGGUCCCCCGAAGUAGAAUAUGCCGUCGACCACCCUCCACAACGUCUCGUCACUCCCGAAACCAUCGCCUAUGAACGUCGACUACGCCAGAAGCGUCAAGACCACGUCUCGAACGCCUUGAACGCUCUGUCUCGCGACGCUCACACUGCUACUCGGAAGCUAGACGACACUUACUAUGCUUUGCUGCAAAAGGUCGGUGUGCUCAAAGCCACCAUCGCUUCCUUCCAAGACCUACACUCCUGCCUCGACGAAACCACAAAAGACUUUGCCACAAGGUCAGAAUCGCUCGUCAAAGAUAUCACUGGUCAAAUCGAUGCUUUCCAGAACAUGUCACAGCAAGACGAGUCCAUCGAUCAACUAGUCAAGCGACUCCACAAGGCCAAAGAACGAGCAGAGACUUGCGAGUCUAGACUAGAAUCUUGCCGCUCACGCCUGGAGCAAUGGGAAAAGAAAGAGAAAGAAAAGAAUAAACGAAACAAUCGCACUUGGGCUCUGGCAUUGACCGCUCUAACUGCUUUCAUAUUCCUCGUUCUUGCCAUCGUAUUAUGGAGAAAGGGCUCUCUGGCCACUGUAGUCGAUAGCCCAUCGGAACUAAAAGAAGCCCUUGGUCUGGAGAAGAACAAAACCGCACCUGGUAUACAUCUCGUCGAUCCGAAGGAGGAAAAGAUGCAAGCCAAGGAAGCUGCAAAGUGGAAUAGGUUGCUUGAUGAGCUUUGA